AGCCAGCUGCUUGUGGCAGGCGGGCUGGGGAGAGGCGGGGUGGGGAAGGCUGCGUGAGCACAUAUUGGCCAGCUGGGAUCUUCGCAGCUGUCUCUCCCUGGAAGGCGUUGCAGUGGGGAGGUCGGAAAGGAAUCCCAUUGAGUUAAAGGCCAGGGGAGCCUCGAAAGGAAGAGCGGAGCAGCAAGUGAGCAUGGAGCAGAGCUGCCUCUCCCAGCUCCUGGCAACCUGGUGGCUCUUUUGGAAUCUUGUGGCCAGCUGCCAAGGGACCAAGGGGAGCGUGCCCAGACUCCGCCUGUCUUAUAAAGAUCUUUUGGCUGCUAACCGCUCAAAGCUGUUCCUCGGCCACCGGGGCUUCCCAGAUUUCCGCUCCCUGUAUCUGGAUGAAUACCGCGACCGGCUCUUUGUCGGGGGAAAAGAUGCACUCUACUCUCUGUGGCUGGAUCAGCCCAGCAUGGAUGCCAAGGAGAUUUACUGGCCACCUCUCCCUGGGCAGAAGGAGGAGUGUUUUCAGAAGGGGAAGGACCCAACGACUGAAUGUGCCAACUACGUCCGAGCACUUCACCCCUUCAACCGCACCCACCUGCUGGCCUGUGGGACAGGAGCCUUCCACCCUGUCUGCGCCUUCAUUGACGUGGGACAUCGUGGCGAGCACGUGUUCAGCUUGGAUCCCAUGAGCGUGCAGAAUGGGCGGGGCAAGUGUCCGCAUGAGCCCAACAGGGCCUUUGCAAGCACCUUCACUGGAGGGGAGCUGUACACAGGCCUCACCGCAGACUUCCUGGGCCGGGACUCGGUGAUCUUCCGCAGCAUGGGGUCCCGCUCAUCUCUACGCACCGAGAUGGAUCAGCGCCUGCUGAAUGACCCAAAGUUUGUGGCCGCCUACUUGAUCCCAGACAAUGACGACCGGGACAAUGACAAGGUCUAUUUCUUCUUCACGGAGAAGGCGGUGGAGUCGGAUGGCAAAGGCCGCGCCAUAUUCAGCCGCGUUGGGCGAAUCUGUGUGAAUGAUGCAGGAGGCCAGCGGGUGCUGGUCAACAAAUGGAGCACCUUCAACAAAGCCCGUCUGGUGUGCUCCGUCCCAGGGCCGGAUGGGAUAGACACCUAUUUUGAUGAACUGGAGGACAUCUUCUUACUGAGGACCAAAGAUGGGAAGAGCCCUGAGAUCUAUGCCCUCUUCAGCACCAUCAGCAACGUCUUCCAAGGCUUUGCCAUCUGUGUGUACCACAUGGCAGACAUCUGGGAAGUUUUCAAUGGGCCCUUUGCCCAUAAGGAUGGCCCGGAUCACCAGUGGGCAGCGUAUGAGGGCAAGGUGCCCUACCCCAGGCCAGGAGUUUGUCCCAGUAAAACCACCAACCAGCCCAGCCGGCAGUACGGCUCCACCAAGAACUACCCCGACGAGGUCCUGCACUUCGCCCGUGCUCACCCCCUUAUGUAUAGACCCGUGUACCCAUUGCACCGUCGGCCCAUGCUGGUGAAGACCAACCUGCAGCACCGGCUGCGGCAGAUCGUGGUGGACCGGGUGGACGCUGAGGAUGGGCAGUAUGACGUCAUGUUUCUCGGGACAGAUGCCGGCUCAGUACUGAAGGUCAUAGCCCUUCAGAAAGGAAACUUCGCCGCAGCUGAAGAAGUCAUUCUGGAGGAGCUGCAGGUUUUUAAGGCUCCCACACCCAUUACCGCCAUGGAAAUCUCUGUCAAACGACAAAUGCUCUACGUGGGCUCCCGUGUGGGGGUGGCCCAGGUGAAGCUGCACCAGUGCGAGACCUACGGCACAGCCUGUGCCGAGUGCUGCCUGGCCCGGGACCCAUACUGCGCCUGGGACGGCAUCUCCUGCACCAGGUACCAAGCGUCAAGCAAGCGCCGGUUCCGCCGCCAGGACAUCCGGACCGGGAACCCUAUGCACCAGUGUCUGGAUCAGAACCUGACCGUGGAUGAUUUCGACAGCGCCGAGGAGAAGGUGGUGUAUGGGACGGAGCACAACAGCACCUUCCUGGAGUGCGUCCCCAAGUCGCCCCAGGCCACCAUGCAGUGGUUCCUUCAGAGACCCCAUGACGAGCGAAGGGAUGAGGUGAAGACGGACGAGCGGAUCCUGAAGACGGAGCAGGGGCUGCUGUUCCGGAGGCUGUAUCGCCCGGACGCCGGCACCUAUUACUGCAAGAGCCUGGAGCAUGGCUUCGCCCAGACCGUCACCAAGGUCACGCUGGAGGUGAUCGAGAGCCAUCAGUUGGAGCACAUCUUCCAGCGGGAUCACGAGGACGAGUCCCCUCGCCCACCCUGCCUGGUGCCGGAGCCCCGCCUGCCGCCGGGGCACAGGGCCUGGUUCAAGGACAUCAUGCACCUGAUCGGCUACGCCAACCUGCACCAGGUGGAGGAGUACUGUGAGCGGGUGUGGUGCGGUGACCGGCAGCGCCGCAAGGCCAAGCCCCCCAAGAGCAAAAACGCACUUAGUGGCAUGGAUGCCGGCAAGAAAGGGAGGGCCAAGCUGCACGAGAGGAACCGGAUGCCCAGGCAGGCCGUGGCCACAUAGAGACCGAAGGGAGGGGGGCGUACAUGAGGGGGGAGAUGGGAGAGAGGAGGGACCAUCCUGGAACAAACCCCUCCCUGAAAGGGACAAUCCACCCAGCUAGGAACAGUGUCCAUGCUGCCCUAACAAUAGGACCUGCCAAGCCAGGAGCUGUCUCGCCACAUGGCUGAGUCUGGAGACAUUCACCGUUGGAGGCACGGGGCAACUCUUGAUUCCAGCACUGGAGACGGCUCGGGGAGCUCCCCCGUCCCACCGGAGCAUCCAUUUCCCAUCCCAUCCCAGCAUCUCUCCUAGUUGGGGAUGUCUUGUUUCCGGCCAGGCUGCAGGUGCCUUGAAUGAUCACAGUGGGGCUCUCCACAACCCUCAGUGCAGCCCCGGAAGGGCGUGAUGUUCCAUAGGAGCCUGGCAGGUUGAGGGGUGAUGGAGAGGCUGGUAAGCAGGAGCUGGCUACGUCCCUGAUGGGAGAGAAGGAAAAGACCACCACACCCGCAGCACUGGGAUGUCUUGGUGGAUUCGGUGUGGAGCUGGGAUAGCCAGGUUGAGUGCCCCGGAGAGAAGAGCUAAUUCCUAUACACCCAGCUGGGCCCACAACCAGCUGUUCAGUAGGAUACCAUCUGCCUCCUCUGGCCAUCUCCCAUGGCACUGUGGGAGUCAGAGGAGGAGGAGUGAGUCUCAUCAGAGCUUUGGCCUAGUUAUGGACAGAACUGUCACCAGGGUGGAAUUGAACGUUAUUUGCCUCCCACAGGAACCCUGCUGUCUCCUCCCACCCUGGCACGGGGCAGCAGUCACAAAGGGGGCCCAGCUAGUCACUUUACAUGUGGCCUCAGUCAGGCUCUGUCAGGAAUGCCCUUGGUUACAGAACACACCUCAACAUUCACCUGGCCAUGGACUCCCCCUACUGCUUGGUGUCACGGCAACGUUCACCCAGCUGCUCCCCCGCCCGCCCAGCAUCGUGGCAACGUUCA